AUGGUUCUCGAAUCCGCGAUGCGUGCGUCUGGCGCGGCGGUCUCUGCGCGACGUCAUCAUAAAGGCGGCACAGAUAAUUCAGGCGUCACCUCCGGCAAUCCCUAUCGAAUCUACAUCAACGAACACCUGACACGUUUUAAUCGCUUGUUGUUUUAUAAGGCCAGGGAGGAGAGGAAACGACACGGCUUGCGUUCAUAUGGAUGCGGGAAGGAAGAAUACACAUGCGUCGUGAGGCUGAUACGGCAGUACGACGUAUUCGAACAGAAAACGAUACAUGUAAAAUUUUUGGCUCAACAUAAUUUUGAAAUUGACUAA